AUGGUUGAACCUUCAUCUGCACAACAAGAGCCACAAGAGUCACAACAGGAUAACUUUAUGCCUGAAGAAUCUACAGUCGUCCAACCGCAACCGAGCAGCUCCUCCUCUUCUUACGAUAGCCAGAAACAACGCAAAGUGUUUGCACGUGGAGUGAAGGCACUUCUCAGAACUAUCACUGGGGAUGAAGAUUAUCUUCGUGAAACUGAAGGUUUUCGCAGAUUGCGACGUGAUACUGAGGCUGCAUUCGAUCCAAAAUGCAAUUCAGAGGCUUUGAAGGAGAUUAUUUUGAAGAACAUUGCUGAUUCUACAGCCUUAUCUAAACGCAAAAUUCAAGAGACAGCAACCGAUGAACUUGGUGGAAGAAUUGAUGUCAUCUGCUCAUCAGGAACUUUCUCGUACAUAGUAAACACUGAACUGUACUGUGAAACG